CUUUGGUCACCCCCAGGAAAACAUACAGUCAUAAUAAAUAUCUUCAAACCAGAUUUGUUGGAGCUGGACAGAUAUGGAAUCAGCUGUUAAGAAGACUCUCAUGGAUAUGAUGCCCAUGUUACUAAAAGCUUCAAUUUCUUUUCUUACUGUUUUGUUGGUUAUGAGCAUACUGUGGAAAAAAAGGAACUCCCUACCAGGUCCAUGGGCAGUGCCAAUUGUUGGGAAUUUUUUCCAGCUUGGAGAUCAGAUUCACAUUACACUUACUGAUAUGCGGAAUCGAUACGGUGAUGUGUUUCAGAUCAAACUGGGCUUGAUGCCUAUUGUUGUUGUAAGUGGACUGGAGACCGUAAAAAGAGUCUUGCUUAAGGAAGGUGAAAAUUUUGCAGACAGACCAAACUUUUAUUCUUUUUCUCUAUUUUCUAAUGGCAGUAGUAUGACCUUUUCAGAAAAAUAUGGUGAAAGCUGGAAAAUACACAAGAAGAUUAUGAAAAAUGCUUUAAGGAAUCUUUCAAAUGAAUCAACCAAUUCGUCCAACUGCUCAUGCCGCCUUGAAGAAUAUGUUUGUGCUGAGGCUUCAGACCUAGUUCAGGAGCUGACAGAUCUCUCAGCUGAAAAAGUUGCUUUUGACCCUUCCAGUCUUAUAGUUAUUACUGUUGCUAAUGUCGUUUGUGCCUUGAGCUUUGGGAAGCGGUAUGACCAUCAUGACAAAGAGUUUCUUACUCUUAUUGACUUCAACAAUGACCUCCGAAAAGCCGCUGGAGGUGGCCUUUUAGCUGAUUUUAUCCCAAUUCUACGGUUCAUUCCAUCAUCCAGUGUAAAGGCUUUAAAGAAAUUUGUGCAAUCUUUUCACAGCUUUAUUGCAAAGUGUGUGAAAGAUCACUUUGCAACAUUUGAGGAGAAUAACAUCAGGGAUAUUACAGAUGCUCUUAUCCAAUUAUGUAAAGAAAGAAAGUCUGAAGACAAAAAUCAGCUAUUAAGUGAUGAUCAGAUAAUUUCAACAGUGAAUGAUAUUUUUGGAGCUGGAUUUGAUACAAUUACUUCAGCUUUGCUCUGGGCUAUAUUUUAUUUGUUGCGAUAUCCAGAAUUUCAAGACAAAAUACACAAAGAAAUUGAGGAAAAAAUUGGAUGCAACAGAGCCCCAAGAUUUAAUGAUCGAAAAGACCUGCAUUAUACAGAGGCAUUUAUUAACGAAGUCCUGCGACAUUCCUCUUUUGUGCCAUUUGGCUUACCACACUGCACGACCAUGGACACAAAAUUAAAUGGAUAUUUUCUUCCGAAGGGUACUUGUGUUUUUACCAAUUUGUACCAAGUUAAUCAUGAUAACACUGUAUGGAAAGAUGCUGACAUGUUUAUGCCGGAAAGGUUCCUCGAUCAAAAUGGACAGAUAAUAAAGAGCUUGACUGAAAAGGUGUUAGUUUUUGGAAUGGGGGUGAGAAAAUGUUUGGGAGAGGAUGUGGCUCGAAAUGAAAUGUUUGUUAUUAUGACCAUUAUGAUGCAAAGGCUGAAGUUGGUGAAAAGUACCAAACAUGAAUUGGAUCCAAUACCAGUUUAUGGACUGACUUUAAAACCCAAACCCUAUUAUCUUGUAGCUAAAGUGAGAACAUAAAAGAAAUGAGUGCAGAUAAAAGUGUAAUAAUCAUGGCAGAAUCCAUGUCUCCAGGCAAAAAUACUGAGUGUCAGAAAACAAAGACUUAAGAAUUUCUACAGCUUCAUCUGUUCUCCACUGAAGUAGCAAAAAAGAUCAGACCACCUGUAUACAUUAUAUUAGUACAUAAUUGAGUAAUCUAAACCUGAAGAUAUGUAUGACAUUGUGCAAAUAUUUUAAUGCUCUCAUGCUUGUGAGUUAACUCUGUUUUAUUGUACAAAUAUUGUUUUUAGGUUCCUAAAAUAAAUGUAUGAUGUUUAAGAGUCAACUGAAAUGCAGUCUUAAAACUGCUAUGUCCCAGUGGUGCCAAGGCAAAUAUAUAAAUAUAUAUAAAGAAA